AUGUACAUAUUUAGUAUAAUGAGUAAUAGUAGAGGUAUAAAUAAUAAUGAAGAAGAGAACAAUAAUAAAGGAGAAAACCCUUCUAAAGAAAAUACAUCUUAUUUGGAGGAUAGUUAUAAUGAAAAUGAAGAGCUUUCUGAACAAAUUUCAUUUUUUAAUUCACAUCGGGAGGCCAGUGAUAAUGUAACUAUUAGUUCUAGUAUAGGUUAUAAUAAUUCAGACGAUAAACAAG